AUGGAGAACUCGGAUGGGUCGCUGAAAGAGGACGACUUGUUUGCCAUGACCGUGCAGUGUCAUCACAACAAGUUCAGAGAAGCGGCUGCCCUCCCCCCUCUCCAGUGGAAUGCCCAAUUGGCCUCAUUCUCCAAAGCAUGGACUGCCACUCUCAAGGAAACCAAAAAGUGUGGCUUGGGACACAGCAGUACGGGAGACAGGAGGUCACUCGGAGGUUUCGUCUACGUGGGAGAAAAUUUAGCCAGUCGAUCAGCGACCAAGAUAACGGAAGACCAGGCUCCGGAGAACGCUAUUCUGGGAGUGGAGGGCUGGUUUGACGAGAUUGAGGGCUACCAGUACAGCGCGUCUGAAUACAGAACCUGUGCCAAACAGAGCACAGCUCCCAAAGUAACUGGACACUUCACACAGGUUAUGUGGCAACAAACUACAGAUGUGGGCUGCGAUUACGCCAUCUGUGAGAAGGGGCCCAAUCCCAAUAUGGCCACUAUAGUCGUGUCCUGCAACUAUGGCCCCGGGGGAAACAUGGGGGGAACGAAUGUGUUUGGGCCGGAUAACUUCUGUUCUCUGAGUGAAGCACCGGUGGGCAAAGGCAAAAUCACCAGCUGCGGAACCCCGCCCAAAUGCUGA